CAGGGUAUCGUCAAGAGUCCCAUCUUCGUCACCACAAACAACACCAAAUGGUUUCUAAGACUAGACUUGCGGCACAUCCAGUGGCGUAAGAGUCGUAUAGGUAUUCACCUGCUUCUGGACCACUGCCCCGAUGGCAGACAAUCGGUGGACAUCGAGUUCAACGCCUUCAAAGUGGCGUUGAAUGAGUGGACAAACGCCAAAGAGUUGGUCACAAUAUUUAGCAAACGCUCGCUCGUGAAACCCGGGGAACCGUUGGGCGAAGAGAUUGUCUUCGAUGACUACUUCCAGGACGAGACCAACUUUGUGGUCUACUUCGAGAUCAUUCACGCCGAUAGUCAGCCAUCGAUCAGCGAUAAAGUGGGCAAUCGUUUGGUCGAUGACUUCAAGUCGAUGAUCAGUGAUACUGGCGAUGGUUUCGGUGAUGUGAAGCUCGUGGUUAAGGGCCGGGAGUUUACGGCACACAAGUGUGUCCUCAGCGUCAGGUCGAGGGUCUUCAGCGCGAUGUUCGCCACAGAUAUGAAGGAGUGUCACGAGAAUCGUGUUAACAUCGACGACAUGGAUGUCGAUGUCUUUGAACAACUGUUGUCUUUCAUCUACACUGGAAUC